AUGAACCUUGGCGACGGCAAAGGCAGGAGCCGCCGUCGCGAGAUCGCUCUACAAGAGGCUCGAGAGAAAGAUGCAGGUGAAGACAAGUAUUGGAUCUCUUCAGCCAGGACCGCGAUGAUGAAGGGCGAGUACGCCCAAGCGGUCAGAGUGUGCACCGAGGGUCUGGGAAGUGGCGACAAUGCCAACAGAGCACUCCUUCUCCACGCUCGCUCUCUAGCUCACUUGCGGCUGGGAGAGAUCCGACCUAGCCUUUGCGACGCCAGAGCAGCAGUCAAAUUGCGUCCUACCGAUCCCAAGUGUCUCGUGCAGGCCGCAAAGUCUCUUCGACAGGCAGGCCACCGAACACAGGCCCUCGACGCGCUGCGCAAGGCCCGUGAUCACGCAGUGGCAAGGACCGACAUCGCGCGAAUCAACCAAUUGUUCGCAGCCUGGAUGGCCGAUCAGAUCAGUCGAAUCCCCGAUGAAGUUCUUGCCAUGAUUCUCACAGAGAUCGACUCGACGACCCUGGCACGGCUGCAGACCGUGUGCUCUCGCUGGCAUCGCGUCAUCAACAUGAAUCGCAGCCUCUGGCGUGUCUUUCGCACCGAAGACUUGCAGACGAGUCCCUUGGCAAACCGCAAGACGUAUCAGAGGGCAGCCACGCUCGCAAAGAAAUCCUGCGACUCGCUUUCAUGGGUCCAGAUUCAGUACGCCCAAGGCCUGCGUUGGUCGAAUCUAGCGCCGUGUCUUGGUCCCUCGUCCUCGACGAUCUCCAGGCUCGAGGUUGGCUGCUGCAACGACCCAGGCUUGUAUCUGUCCGCCUUGCAAUUUGCUCAAACGUGCGCGAACCUCAUCCACCUCGACGUGCAGGGGAAAAUCUGCCUCUACGCGACCGACUUUGACAGCUAUUCGUUCUGUAAUGGCUCAUUCACUAAAAACGUCUUUGACGUCUUCGUGGUCAGUCCUCUGCCUAACGACACACUUUUUGACGAUCGGCUUCUUUCUAGCCUCUGUCGGGUCCAAAAGCUUCAGUGGACCCGGAGAGCCGCACGAACCAAUCAUUUCGCCGACGGGGACGUAGCCGACGACGACGACGACGACGACGGGCCUCUGCACAUAAGGUCGUGGAUCUGGACACUGAUGUCAAUGGCCUGCAGUCAGCUCCGAUUCUUGGACAUUGACUUGCCUGCCUCGGGCGAUGUGCCGAGAGGUCUCUCGCUUGAGCUGCGGCUCCUUGAAACGCUCAGUAUGCGAGGCGUGUUCAACAACUCGGUCGCCCAUGCAGCAGGCAGCGAGCUCCGGGCACCUGCAUUGACGACGUACAAGAGCAGAGGCGGUGGCGUUGACAGCGUCUUGAUGCAGUCAGCGGCCAGUACACUGCACAAUGUCACCUUGACAGAUUUCUCAGACGCUAAAAUCGAGACGCUCAGGCCGGUACUAUCGACGUGCAGCGCCGUGCAAAAGCUCCAACUCUUUCCCGCUACCAGGCUUUUGGUCUCUCUUCUAGGAGGGAAGGUUCACGGUUCGGCGAUAUAUCCCUAUCCGAACCUUCAGCAGCUCGAGCUCAGUAUCAGGAGCGAGGAUACGAGCGCUGAAUGCGAGGUGACUGGUGGCUCCAUUGUCGAUGUGAUAUGUAGACGACAAGGGAUACAGAGGAAAAGGCAAAGGUCCACGGCCCCGUCUGCCUUCUCUCGUGGAGCGGCAAGACCAACAAGUAGCCAAAGUGACGCUGGUGCGGCCGAGGCGGCCACCCCUCAGAUGGCUCCUCUUCAAACACUCGAGAUUGCCGAUCAGGGCGAGAAGCUCGCAAAAGACUCUCUACAGGUGCUCGCUUGCAUCGUGCCCAACUUUAUCCACCGCAAAGGAUUGUAG